AUGCUAGAUUCUAGCGGCUUCAAGGUCAAUGCCAACUCAUACAACCUUAUUGUUGUCUUCUUCGUUGGACUGAGCACCUUGUCGACAGCAUAUGGUCUUUCCAUCAUUGGAUCGACCGUUGGCCAACCAAAUUUCUACGACUACUUCCAUCUGGCGAAGCAAGGCGAGUCUGGAUAUGAUCACACCACGAACAUCAUCGGUGCUCUCAAUGGAUCGAACAGCGCCGGCGGCUUUCUAGGAUGCCUCGUCGCAGCCUGGACCUCUGACCGGUUUUCCAGAAUCCGUACGAUUAUGGCCGGAUGUGUCUUUCUGACAGUCGGUGGCGCCAUCAAUGCAGGGUCGGUCUCAAUCGUGAUGUUCUGCCUUGGCAGACUCGUGACAGGCAUCGGAUCUGGACUGCUGGCGGUUGCUGUACCCAUGUACCAAGGUGAAGUGGCCACGGCCGAGAACAGAGGUCUCAUGAUGGGCGCAACAGCCAUUACAUUCGGCAUAGGAUACAGCCUCGCUGGCUGGCUUGGAUAUGCAUGUGCAUUCAUUCCAGCCACGGCUUCGUAUGCCUCAUUCGCUUGGCGAUUCCCUCUGUCUUUUCAAUGUAUACCACCACUGCUCGUCCUCAUCGGAUCCAAAUUUCUCCCCUUCUCGCCACGCUGGCUCCUCUCUCAAGAUCGACGAGACGAGGCCUUCUCGGUCAUCAAGCGUCUUCAUCGAGAAAAGAACGAUCCACACGACGUCGUCGCCCGACAAGAAUUCUACUUGAUGGAGAAGCAAUUUGAAAGCGACAAAGCACUGUCUUUACAAUCCGCCAAGCUGCAAAUCUUUCGAACGAAAGCUAAUCGUCGACGUGCUCUUGUCGGCAUGCUGCUGAUGUCUUUCGAUCAGCUAGCAGGUGUUUACGUUUUGACGAACUACGGCGUACUGAUAUAUGCCUCACUCGGCCUGAGUGGUACGAUUCCGCUUCUGCUGAAUGCAUGCUGGAACACGCUUGCUACUGUUGGCAAUACGUGGGGCGCUUUCAAUGUCGACAAAUAUGGUCGAAGGCGAUUCUUCUUGAUUGGAAUUACUGGAGUUUGGUUGUGUUUGAUCUUCCUAGCCGCACUCACGGGUACUUUCUUGGGAACGACCAACAACGCAGGUCUAUCGGCAGCUGUGUUCUUCAUCUGGCUGUACGUCGUGUUCUGGGCCUUCUUCAUGGACGCUACUCAGUUCGUCUACGUGUCUGAAAUCUGGCCAAACCACCUACGUGCUAUUGGUACUGCCUGGGGCUUCAUUUGGUACUUUUUAUUCAGCGUCGUGAUGCUGGUCGCUGCUCCCGUGGCAUUGAAUAAGAUUGGUUGGAAAAUCUAUAUCGGCGUUAUCUACUUCCUGUUCCCAGAAACCAAAAGCCGCACCCUCGAGGAGAUUGGCGUGCUGUUCGGAGAUGAGAAUGUCGCAUCACGUUGGUACGACCUGAGUGAGGCCGAUAAGGUGCAGGUCACACACGAGGCUUUGGCACGCACUACGGGCCUAGGAAGCAACAAACUCGAAGAGGACUACGUAGAAGCGAAGUGA